AUGGCGGACACCAAGCACCUCGAUCAAGCCAGACUCAAGGCCUUUGAGCAUGCCGCGGCGGGCCACGACGGCGUCAUGUCCGACGAAUCGGGCGAGAUGAUCAUCAAGCCAUGCACGCAGUCCGAGAUCGACUUCUACCAAGAGAGUCUGGCCGAGCAUCCCAAAUUCUACGAGCUCAUGCCCACUUUCAUGGGCACACUCCAGCUCGGCGCGCCCGCACAUGUCCCUGACAUCACUGCUCCGUCGGAACCCGAUGUCUCCCCGGAACACAAGGACAAGACUCUCAUCCACGGCCAGAAGCUCGCCACCGAGACUGCGAUUGUGCUGGAGAAUCUCGAGCAUGGCUUUCGAAGGCCCAAUGUCCUCGAUCUCAAGCUCGGCGCGCGCUUGUACGCCGAUGACACCAAGGCGGAAAAGGCCGAGCGGCUCGACAAGGUGGCGGCUGAAACGACCAGUGGCUCGCUCCACUUCCGCAUCGCCGGCAUGAAGGUCUGGAAUGGCAAAGAUUUCGACAUUUACGACAAAUUCUACGGCCGCAAGUUCAAUCGAGAUAACGUCAAGGACGGCUUUGCCACCUUCUUCAGCAGUCUUGGCGCAGCUGCCACUCUAGACGAGGCGAGACAGCUGCUCGAGACCAUCCUUGCCGAAAUCACAAAGGCCCGCCAUAGCUUGGAGAGGUCGGAAUCGCGCAUGUACAGUGCUAGCAUCCUGAUUGUGUACGAGGGAGACAGUGACGCGCUAGACGAGAUCUGGGGACAUCCGCCCAAGACGCCACGGGUCGAUGAGCGAGCACCGACGACGUUUGAGAUCAAGAAGAGCGAAGAGGACGAGGAAGAAGAUGAGGAGGCGCCACCGGUCACGUACAGAGUCAAGAUGAUUGACUUUGCCCAUGCAGCCUGGACUCCCGGGAGAGGCCGAGACGAGAACGUGGUCAAGGGUUUGAAGAACAUUGAGGAUCAGAUGGACCUGGUGAUUGCACGAUUCGAGUAA